AUGAGAUAAAAUAAGUUAAAUAAAUAAUCACCUUCAUUGAAUGUCAAACAGAAAUAAUAUAUUGAACAGAUAUCGUAUAACUGUACUUUAGAUAAGAUUAAAUUUAUAUAGAUUGGAAUAAAUGAAGCUUUAAGAAACAAUAAUUUAAAUUAGAUGUAAUAACAUUUGAAUUAGUAUUAAUCUGAUUUGUAAUAAAUUCUUGAAUUUUUAACAUAAAAUGAAUAUAAUAAAUUGCUCAAAGAAUUAGAAUAAAUGAAGGAAUCCAAAAAAUAAUUAGUUGUUAAACUUGAAGCAUUAGAAUUAUAAAAUUUACUUAGAGAUAAAGAUCCAGAAUAUUUGGCAACCUAAGUAUAAGCAUUGACUGAAUAGAAUAAGAAAUUAGUAGAAAAAGUUUAAAAAUUUAAGUUAAUUGCUGAGUAGGCUUAAGAAUAAGCAUUAGAAUCUUUAGAAAUUUCUAAUUUAAAUUAGGCUUUAUUUUAAUAGAUAAAAUAUGAUUCAGAACAACCUAAAUAAUCUCAUCAUGGUUUUUCAAAUAGUAAUGAAAAUUUAGAAGUGUUAUAAUCAUAAUUAGAUGAAAAAUCUUAAGAAGUAGAAAUGCUUAAAAUACAAUUAGAAGAGUUAGCAUAAUUAUAAUAAAAAUAAUAUAAUGAAUAUUAAGAAGAAUUAGAACAUUAAAAAAUGUUCAUUAAUUAGCUUUCUAAUAAAUUAUAAUUAUAUGAAUCAUAAGCUGAUUAAUAAAGGAAUAGAUAUGAAGAAAAAAUAAUGGAAUUAGAAAAUAAAAUUUAGUAAUAUGAAAGUUAUGAUUAAAAUUAAACGUAAGAAUUGCUAUAAUCAUUAAUUGAUUAAAAGUGA